GCCUGUUCCGAAAAUGAUUGGUUCAUGGUUGAUCGCAAUAACAGCGAUAACACAACAGAAUCUGAUAAUAGGGGGCGACACCAUGACAGACCUAGUUGGUCCGGAGUUUACCAUACAAGCCAUACAGGCUGCCUGCUGUGGGGCUAAAUUACUAUUUGUUGGCCUGCCCAAGGCAAUAUAGACCAUUCAUGAAAUAAAAGUUUUUUUUCGAUCGUCUCUGCUCGGUGGUAAGAUUGAUUAAUCAUGGCCUCGGGAUGUGCCACCAAUCAGAGGAGAAAGGUGUUGAAGCGAUAUUACAUCAAGGGGGCAGUGGUGCCAUUUGAGGAGGACCUGACUCAUGAGUUUAAGGGCCAUCGCAACAUGGCAGUGGAGGAGCUUCCUCCUUGGGCCUUUAUCACAGGAUCAAACAAACGAAGCCGCAAAGCUGUCUCCAGGACGAUCAAUGGUUUCCUCAACACAGGGAAAGGAGGUACAGUCUAUCUUGGGAUUGUUGACGAUGGAACAGUCAAAGGAAUGAAACUGACACAAUAUCAGAAAGACCACCUUCUCACCUCCAUGGAUGACCUGGCAAGCCGUUACGAUCCUCCCUUGUUAAAACAUCGCUACAAAGUGCGAUUUGUGCCCGUCCUUGACAACAACUGCACAGAUGAUGACAUUUCUGCCCUGACCUCUUUUGAUAACACAAGUGAUACAGCAGAUCUUGAUAGUCGAGAGCGACCCCAUAUCUGCCGCACGCACACGUACUGUUGGUGUGACAAGGAGGCUGUUGCUGUCUAUAAUAAUGGAAUCUUUGCUCCUGAUUACGUGAUAGAAAUCACAGUCAGGCCAUGGGAUCCGAAUCACAAAGAAAACAAGCAGCUAGUUGAAGGGGACCAUAAACUGCCACCAUUCCACUCCGAUGAAGAAGGCAAUUGUUAUUUCAGGCGGCAAGCAUCUGUUGUAGCAUACACGCCACAAGAGAUUUGGACAAUGACGCAACAGGAGGUGAAGGAGUUAUGUCAGGCGGAGAUUGAUGAGUUGAAAAGAGCAAUCAGGCAGUUAAAAGUUUCUUGAUUAUGCUGCAUGGAUGAUGACAGGAGGGAAAUUGUUGCAUAUAGUGCAGUGAGCAUUUAGAGGACAGAUCCUCAUACAGACUUCGGGUCUAUCAACAUGCCAAGCGUGUGGACAUGGCCUGUGGGCCUCUUCGAUGUUACCAAAUUAGAUAUUACCAAUUGUUCGAUAACUGCCAAUCUAUUUUCUGAUCACUUUAAUGCACAUAAAUCGGACCAAAUAUUUCCAUGUGCUCAGCGCAGUUCAGUUGAUCUUGGACUUGGACCUGGCAUUUCAUUGGUUCUAGAUUAGGAAAAACAAUCGUUAAGACUUCUUCAGUGCUGAGGUUAGCAGAGAUUACAUUUUGUACAAUUAGUUUUUUAAACUUUGUAAAUAAAAUACUCAAUAUUCAAA